AGACGCCAAAAGGCCGACUACCUUUAUAAUUCUCAAAGGUAGUGGAAUUGUAGGGGAGGGAGGAUUUUUUGUAAAAGAAGCAGAAAUUAUGAUAAAACCUGGCCAUCCUGUUCCGUAAAUCUUCAGGCAGUGUGAUUGUGCGGUGUCGUCUACGCUUACACAACGCAGAGUGGGCCACGGGACAAGAAAACUAAGCGCAAAUCGCAAGCCUCGAAGACCCAGCAGGAAAACAAUACAACAACACCCUGUCAAACGAAGAAAUUUCAAUUUUUUGACUUCUCUCUCUCUCUCUCUCUCUCAACUCUCUCUGCGAAGAAGAAGAAGAAGAAGACGAUGGGGGUGGCAGUGGUGGGGACGGAUUCACUGAGCGAGAGAGCGGCAAAGAUGAGAGAGUCGCUGCAAAAGAGCCAGACAAUCACUGACAGCGUGGUCACCAUCCUGGGAUCCUUUGACCACCGCCUCUCGGUACUCGAGACCGCCAUGCGUCCCACUCAGAUUAGAACACAUUCUGUUAGGAAAGCCCACGAGAAUAUCGAUAAGACUUCGAAGGCUGCUGAGGUUUUACUGGCCCAAUUCGAUCUUUAUCGUCAGGCAGAGACGAAAAUACUUAGAGGGCCACAUGAGGACUUGGAGAGUUAUCUAGAGGCAAUCGAGCAGCUAAGAAACAAUAUUAAAUUUUUUACCAGCAAAAAGGGCUUUAAAAGUAGUGACGGGGUGCUCAACAAUGCAAAUACUCUGCUUUCUAAAGCUAUUUCAAAGCUAGAAGAUGAGUUCAAGCAGCUAUUAUUAUCUUAUAGCAAACCUGUGGAGCCUGAUCGUCUCUUUGACUGCCUUCCAAACUCAUUGCGACCAUCUUCAGGAUCUCCAGGGCACCAAGGUGACGCUAGCGGGAAGAGUCCUUCCAAUCACCAUUCUGAGCAGCACAAAAGUAAUUUGGAAAAUGCUGUUUACACUCCUCCAGCUCUUAUACCACCUAGGAUUCUGCCACUGCUCCAUGAUUUAGCUCAGCAAAUGGUUCAAGCUGGCCACCACCAGCAGUUGCUCAAAAUUUACAGGGACACUCGUUCUUCAGUUUUGGAAGAAAGCCUCCGAAAAUUGGGAGUUGAAAAACUUAGCAAAGAUGAUGUUCAGAAGAUGCAAUGGGAGGUUUUAGAGGCCAAAAUUGGGAAUUGGAUUCAUUUCAUGCGUAUUGCUGUCAAACUGCUUUUUGCUGGAGAGCGGGUAGUUUGUGAUCAAAUAUUUGAAGGCUUCGAUUCUCUCGCAGAUCAGUGUUUUUCUGAGGUUACUGCAAGUAGUGUUUCAGUGCUACUUAGUUUUGGGGAUGCUAUUGCCAAAAGCAAGAGAUCACCAGAGAAGUUAUUUGUACUUUUGGACAUGUAUGAGAUAAUGCGGGAGCUUCACUCAGAGAUUGAAAUGAAAUUCAAAGGUAAAGCUUGCAGUGAAAUAAGAGAAUCUGCGUUUGGUUUGACAAAACGGCUUGCUCAGACUGCUCAGGAGACUUUUGGAGAUUUUGAAGAAGCUGUUGAAAAGGAUGCAACUAAAACCGCUGUAUCUGAUGGAACUGUCCAUCCUUUGACAAGCUAUGUCAUUAAUUACGUGAAGUUUUUGUUUGACUACCAAUCAACCUUGAAGCAACUUUUCCAAGAGUUUGAUAACAAAGAUGGAACAAGUUCACAGUUGGCUUCCGUAACGACGAGAAUAAUGCAGGCUCUUCAAACCAAUCUGGAUGGAAAAUCUAAGCAGUAUAAAGAUAUUGCUUUGACCCACUUAUUUCUCAUGAAUAAUAUUCAUUACAUGGUCAGAUCUGUUCGUAGGUCAGAAGCCAAGGAUUUGUUAGGGGAUGAUUGGGUGCAAAGACACAGGAGGAUUGUGCAGCAGAAUGCAAAUAGUUACAAAAGGAGUGCUUGGUCAAAGAUUCUUCAGUGCCUCUCUAUCCAAGGCCUAGCCUCAUCCGGGGGUGGGAGUUCGAUGGGUGGUGAUGGAGGAAAUAGUAGCGGAGCUUCAAGAGCAUUGAUCAAAGAGAGGUUCAGGACAUUCAAUAUGCAAUUUGAGGAACUUCAUCAAAAACAAUCUCAGUGGACGGUUCCUGACUCGGAGUUGCGAGAAUCUCUGAGGCUUGCGGUUGCCGAAGUCUUAUUGCCUGCCUACAGAUCUUUUGUAAAACGUUUUGGGCCUAUGGUUGAGAGUGGAAAGAACCCUCAGAAGUACAUCCGGUACACGGCGGAGGAUCUUGAACGAAUGUUGGGUGAAUUUUUCGAGGGAAAGAACUUGAACGAACCCAGACGAUAGAUUUGAACUACUCUCUCUCUCUCUAUGUGAUAAUGAAGAUGAUAUGGUUGACCAUUGGCCUUUGGUGUGUUGCUACAUGUCUCCCUCCCUCUGUGGAUAGUCUUGGUUCAGUUCUAGAGAGGUUCUUUUUACAGUGCAGCCAUCGUGCUACACAACCUUGUAUAGAUUGUACUGCCUGCAUUUGUUUUGUAAAAUUAUGAAUAAAAGAGGGUGACUAUCUUCUUCUUUCACAAAAAGCCCGUGUAUUGCGUUGUGGUGGUUUUCCAGGUGUUUAUUUUAACCAGAUAUAUUUAAGAUUUAGGUUGUCAUACAAGAGCUAUUUCAGUUUCAA